AUGGAGCAGCACCUGCGGCGGCUGAGGCAGGAGCUGCUGUCCAUGAAGGAGGUGGGAGACGGGCUGCAUGAGCAGAUGAACUGCAUGAUGGGUGCGCUGCAGGAGCUGAAGCUCCUCCAGGUCCAGACAGCGUUGGAGCAGCUGGAGAUCUCGGGGAGCCGAAGCACCAGCACAGAGCAGCGCCAGUGCUGCCGGAGCAGUGGAGCAGGGCCACGGGGCCGGGCAGCAGCAGAGGGCUGCAGCCCCACAUCCCUCACAUGCGUGGUGCCACAGCCGGCCAGCUUGCCCCAUCCCACUGUGCUCCCAGAGAGCGGCCACCUCGGGGACACCUCUUCCUACUCCUCCUCCUCAAGCACCUGUGGCAAGGUUGCCUCCCACACACAGGCACCUUCCUCAGCCCCAGCCAGAGCAGAGCGCGUCCACCUGAGGACAUUCGAGCCCAGCAGCCAGGGCAUGGCUGGGGGGUGGCCGACAUGCCAGGAGUGCCCGGGGUGUGAUGACGGCCACGACUGGACGUCCUCCCUGAUGUCCCAGAGCAGGAACCGGCAGCCUCUGGUCCUGGGGGAUAACAUCUUCGCAGACCUGGUUGGGAACUGGUUGGAUCUGCCAGAGCUAGACAAGAAGGGGGAGAAGAGCGAGGCCUCCCUGUCUGCCAGCAGGUCCCAGGAGCUCUGCAGGAAGUUCUCCCUCACAGCCAACAUCUUCAAGAAGUUCCUGAGGAGCGUUCGGCCAGACCGAGAUAGGCUUCUCAAGGAAAAACCUUGCUGGCUACCGCCUGAAGACAAACAACCUGAUAUUUCCAAAAGACCCAAAAAGAUGAACAAACUCAAGGGGACAUUUUACUUCCCACUUCAUGGGAACAUCCAGAACCACCACAACAAAGUGGAGAGGUGCCUGAAGGUAGAAGGUAGUAUCAAGAAACCCAAAACUGGCACCAAGAAAGUCCACGAUACCAUAGACUAUACCCAGUCUGGGUUUGAUAUCAACACAGCCGUUUGGGUCUGAGUU